AUGUCUGGCAACGACUCUCAGAAGAACCCCGAGCGCGUCGCCGCUGGUCUUCGAGGAACUCUUCACAACGACAAUGCCUCCGAUGAAGCCAAGGACCGCGCCACCGAACGUCUCCGCGAAAUGGGUGACGACUUCGAGAACAAAACCAGCCGUGGUAGUGCCGGAACUGGUGACGCUCAUCAAAACCAAGUCCUCGGAGGAUACAAGGCCACUCUUCACAAUGACAAUGUCGGCGAAGCGGCCAAAGCCCACGCCCGCGAAGUUCUCGACAAUGCCAACGCCAGCGAGGAGCCUUUGCCUCAGUCCAAGAAUUAA